ACAGAUGGAGCAAAGUUAAGGGCGAAAGAGUAGAGGCGAGGAAUCGGGGCCGGCCAACAAAAGCGAUUCCCGAAACGACCCACCACCACCACCACCAGCCACAAUCACAAUCACAACCGAGAAGGGACUUUGAUCUUCGUCAAAUUACUUUUUUGCACCUCCUGUUCUCUCCUUCCUUCCUUCUCCAGUCCCCCCCUCUCCUUUUUUUUUCCUUUCCCGCAAGCCACAUUUUUGCCGGGGGAGAGCGAAUCUUUUCAUUUUUUUUGGUAAAACCUGCAUAUAUUUUUUUAAACCGACUUUUAGCAACUUUGCAAACGCUAGAGAGUUUUUUAAUCUAAUUUUUUUUUCCUUGCAUCCUCCUAGAUGCAUCAUUAAUCUAUUCCGAGGUGCAGGAAAGGGAGGGAGGGGGGAGAAAGGCCGCUCGGCGCUGCAAGCUCUGCCCUCUCGCUCUCCCCCAGGAGUCCUUUGGGCCGGCCGGGGGCUUCCGCGCCUGGAGAAUGACUGCGAGGCUCUGGAAGUAGGCGAGGCUGAGCCCCGAGCCUAGACCCCUCCACCGGGCUGCGGUUACCGCACACUUCUUCUUUUUUUCCCCGGGGAACCGGGCGCGCAAAAGCGCCGGGGCCGUUGCGCGCUCUCUCGGGCCCGCCGUCUCCCCUCCCGGCUUGCCCUCGCCGCGCUCCGGGCUCGGCCUCGCUCCCUCCCGCCCUCGCCCGGCGUCUCUCUCUCUCCCCGGUCCUCGCUCUCUCCCCCGUCCCCGGCGAUGGUGUGGCUGCUGUGCGUGCCGCUGUGGGCCGCGGCGGCGCUGCUGAGCCGGCUGGCGCUGGCGGGAGGGCCGGUGGUGCGGUGCGAGCCGUGCGACUCCCGCGCCCUGGAGGCGUGCAAGCCGCUGGCGCCCGAGUGCCCGGAGCCCGUGCGGGAGCCCGGCUGCGGCUGCUGCCUGACCUGCGCCCUGCCCGAGGGACGCCCGUGCGGCGUCUACACCGAGCGCUGCGGCGCCGGCCUCAGCUGCCGCCCGCCCGGCGACGAGCCCAAGCCCCUCCAGGCGCUCCUCGACGGCAAGGGACUCUGCACCAACGUCAGCGCCGACGCGGCCGCCGGAGCAGCAGCAGGAGGAGGAGGAGGCAGCAGUGGCGUCGGCGGCGGCAGCAAGCUCCGCGACCUCCUCCUCUUGCGGGGGAGCCCCGGGCCAGGCAACUCCAGCGAUUCAGAGGAGGACCAGAACUUCAGCAGCACAGAGAAUCAGUCUGUCCCCAACACGCACAGGGUGUCGGAUUCCAAGUCGCAUGCCCACUACACCAAAAUAGACAUCAUCAGGAAAGAGCAAACCAAAAAUACCCAGCGUUACAAGUACGAUUCACAGAGCACAGACACCCUGAAUUUCUCUUCAGAGUCCAAGCAGGAGACUGAAUAUGGUCCUUGCCGGCGAGAAAUGGAAGACAUGUUAAACAACCUAAAGAUCCUGAACGUCUUAAGCCCGAGGGGAUUGCAUAUUCCCAACUGCGACAAGAAGGGGUUCUACAAGAAAAAACAAUGUCGCCCAUCCAGAGGCCGGAAAAGAGGCUACUGCUGGUGUGUGGAUAAAUACGGGCAACCUCUCCCUGCCUACGAUGGAAAGGGGAAAGGAGAUGUUCACUGCUACAAUUUAGAAAGCAAAUGAGGGACGUGCACAAUCUCUUCCAUGGAAUCUGUGUGUGUCAUCAGGAGGCCUUGGAGUGACUGGGAUAUAGCGUGGACUGUGUUGGACUCGGGCGUUCCAAGUCCUGCCCCCCUUGCUUAUACCAGGGGAAUCAACGACUCUGUGGACGCUGUAGCUGCAUCCAGCCACUGUUACACUACCAGCUUUCUAUCGAUUCACCAGGGAGCUCUGAAAUCCCCAAUAAAUCUGCACUAUUGAUCCCCAGAAAGAAUAAGAGGAAAAAAAGGCACUUCAGAAUGGAUUCAGGGAGUCUCCACUGACUUGUUUUUGUUUUGUUUUGUUUUUGUUUUAAAUAACGGCCUGUGACCAAUUUGAUCCCGAAAGAUAACUGUGUUGUUGUUGUUGUUUUUUUUAAAAAAAUUUAUUUUAAAGAAUUUAUAGAUCGUAAGCUUUGUUAAAGAUAUUAAAGACAUCGGGUGUUAAUCCAACCCAAACGAAGCAUUUGUCAGUCCCGUAGAUUUCAGCCAGAGAGUUGGGCACGGACGCUUUUCUCGCCCACUGAAAUCAAAAGGAGAUGCUUUGCUUGAAUUGGAUUGUGCCGAGGUUUUAAAGUGUUAAGCUUUUUUUUGUUUUGUUUUUAUACAGGUCUGACGGGAAACUUAUCUUCACGGGUAAAAAAAAAUGUUUUAUUACAAAAAGCUCAAAGAACUUUUUAAGAGAAACAUGUUUCUA